UAUUUUUCUUUCCAGACGCCAGAGUUGAUCGCAAAAACAAAACCUGACGGGCUGCAGGCCAACACUUCUGCGUAUAUUCUCGUCUAAAGCGGAGAAACGCAAAGCCUGAAACUAAAGAGAAUUUCUUUCUCUCGUUUUUUUAUACUUCUGUUGAUGGAACAAAAGGGAAGGGCUUUGGAAAAAAAAAAGAACCUUUGGAAAUGAAGUUUUGCGUCAGUGAGUGCGCACUUUACGCACAGAGCGCACUGUGAAACUUUGACAUGUUGAAUAAUCUCGGCUGUAUUUCCUUUGUUGUUGUCGGCUCUUUGGGGCUUGCUGUGAGCAUGUGUCAGGGCUAAAAAACAACAGCAAAACAAAACAAAACUUCUUUAAGAAAGAAAAACGCACUGACAAACCCCGAGGCAGCAUGGGGGCCAAGCAGAGCAGCCCGGUGUUUGAUGGCAGAUCUCGAGCCUAUUCCAGCUCCGAUCUUCCAUCUGGAAAUUCCAGCAGAGGAGAAAGGUUUGCGGGGUUCAGGUACACCAAUGGACCCGAUGGCCCACGAAUCCGGUUCACGAACGGAGGGCCAACAAGUUCUGGGCUCAACAUACCGGCCGGCGGCAAUCAGAGCCUCGACGGCACAGAUGGUGACGAUGAGGGCCAGCUUCCCCCCGAGGGACACAGGCUGCUUUUAGGGUCUCUGCCGGCCGAGCUGUCCUCUCGUCUGCUGGGAGGCUUCCACUGUCCUGUUUGCUCCAAGUUCAUGGCAUCGGAUGAAAUCGAGAAGCACUUGCUCGUGUGUUUCAGCAAGACGCGCCUCACCUACAACAAGGACAUCCUGUCCAGAGACUCUGGGGAAUGUGCCAUCUGUUUAGAAGAGCUGGAGCAAGGAGACACCAUUGCCAGGCUGCCUUGCCUCUGUAUCUACCAUAAAGGGUGCAUAGACGCGUGGUUUGACGUGAAUCGCUCCUGUCCGGAACAUCCCGGCGACUAGGAGCUGCAAAAGUCCGGUAUCAGUCUACAGUGUCGCUGUGAUCGACUGUCUGCCCUGACCUCAUCCCAACACUGUCUUUUCUAGUCGAGCAUCAGUGCUCCUCAGGGAUUAUAAGACAUUAUUGUAUGCAGAUUUUUUUCAUAUUGCCUCACUGAGCAGAAAUGGACUUUGGAUAUGGUUCCUUAAGUGUGUUCAAGGAACCGCGCUGGUGGAGUCAUUUCAAAAUAUGUGAUAUUCCUCGCGUCACCUACUGGCCUAAAGUGGGUUCAUGCAAUUUAGAAUCUGAGCUGAAACGUUUUGUUGAACUGGGCGUGGUUUUAUAGGAGAGGACCUCAAUGCCAAACACGGUGAAGACUCGCGUCUCCUUUCAGCAGGGACUGAGGCCAACAGACUGUUCAGAGACAUGAUGAGAAGGCUGAUGUUGUGCAAUAUGAAAGACAGCCAUGGGGAAUGGAAAAAAAAAAAUGUUUUUUCAGCUUUAAGGGAUGAUUGCAGUGUUGGUGUAAGGAAGUAGAUCUCAAUCCUCUUGCAAAAUUGGCUAUCAAUAUUGUUUGUUAAACAAUCAUGUGUCAUAGACCAGGUAGUCUAACGUGAAAUAGACAAUUAUCACUUGGCCGUUUAGAACCACUUUAAUGUGAUUGUGUAGUUUAGUGGUGGUUUAAAGAUGGGUUGUAACAUAUCUAAUGGUGAUUCAUUCUGUCUCUCUCUUUCUGAGGAGUGCCAUAAUAUGCUGCUAAGUAAUAGACUGGAAAGUUUUUCUAUAACCUUUGAACCUUUGUGGUCAUUGUUCAUUCUGUUUGUACUGUGAUGAGUUGCACAACAAUAAAUGUUUUGUCUUUGUGUCUUUUUCCUGCA